AGGGAUGUGUCUGCAGGCUGAGCAACCCGGAUGGGCAGCUUGGGUCUCCUCUGGCCGGAGGGAAUGACACACUCGCUUUGUGACCGAGGUUGCACUUGGAACCUGAAUUACAGUAGUCAAAUAGAAAUGACAGGCGGUAAACAGAAGUGUUGCAAAUAGGGCUAAUCAUUUACAAGCUCCACCUGUUGUGGAGCUGUUACAGAGCAAUUAGUGUUAGCCACCUAUUGCUUUUGGACCACUUACUGUGCUCUCAGACUUUGCUGCUGGAGCUCGGGUUUGUCACGCAGCCAGCAGUGAAGUAAGCGUUGUGCCAACAUUUUAGCCAGGUAUUCUUAGGAGGGACUCAAGCCUUCCUUUUCCUUGGCCCUCGCCUGCAGCUCUUCCCUGCUAAUUUUCCACAGCCUCGUAGUACUGACAUUACACAGCUACAGAACACUUCUCUAGGGACACAACAGCGGAUGAAAGACUUGCUCUGUGUUUCUACGCCCCUCUCCUGCUCUGCCCCCUGCAUACCUUGAGCACAGCUCCUUCCCACUCACAUGGAGAAGGGAGUUGACCCAGCUCGUGUCUGCACAGAGGUGCUGAGAGCUGGGUUAGUUAGCACAGGUCCUGCCCACAUCUUUUUGUUGCCCUAUGCACAGUUGUCAGAGCAAACUGUGGAAGCAGUGAGGGAAUUGCAUGGGAAAAGUGUUCCAGGUUAAAAACAACCACAAUAUAAAUAUAUAUAUAUAUCCAUAUGUAAAUAACCAUGAGGGCCCUGGGCUGUGAACUGAGGAAAGAGGAGAUGAGGAGAAUUAUCUCUCAAGUUGAUGAGGAAGGGUCAGGGAAGAUCAACUUUGAGUCAUUUCUGCAGGUGAUGGCUCAGAAAAUGGUGUGUGAGCCCAGCUGGUCGCAAAGAUUGAAAUUCCUCUUGCCUAACUUUACAAUGCAGGCAGAGCCGUAUUCAAAAAAUGAGAUCCUGAAAGGUUUCAAGCUGUUUGACCAUGAUGGCACUGGCAAGAUCUCCUUUGAGAAACUCAAGCUGGUGGCUACUGAGGUUGGAGAAGACAUCACAGAUGAGGAGCUGCAGGAGAUGAUUGAUGAAGCAGAUGUGGAUGGAGAUGGGGAAGUGGAUCAACAGGAGUUCCUGAGGAUUCUGACGUUGACUGAUCUGUAACUGUGUGAUUUUUUUUUCUCCCAUUCAGUUGUAAGCAACUGGUUGCCAUGUGACUUUUCUCCAACUUCAUUAUAUUUUGUUUGUUGCGUUUCUUGGGUGUGAAAACAUACCGAGAUAUUGUUAAUGUUUCAUCUUUGGUGUUGAUUCUGCCCCAUUACUGCAAGCAGUUUUCCACAUACCAGUAAACAGUGUUGCUACUAA